UGGAAGUGCGUCCAUUUUGUCGACGCGUACGAUCCCGGUUAGUCGACGCCGGUGUAGAGUAUAAUUCACGUUCGAUGUGAGUUCACAGCCACGGGGCGGUUAUAGUCGUGUAGGGUCAAUCGCGAGCAGUGGCUGUCUGUCGGCGGCGUACCGUAUCAUAUAAUUUACGUCUUUCGAUUCGUUGAGAAGGUCUGUUUGCAAACGCGUGUGAGAACUCUGUAGAAGGGCAAUCGCCUAGAAGAUUAUCGAGGAAAACUCGAAAACGUGAUAGACCUAUCAAGAGAUUUUUUCUUCUUUUCCGUCUAUCGCGUCUUCUUUCGAGAUUUUGGGACAAGAUGGCGGAGAUACAGGGAACCCCGGUAGCUCAGGACGCCCUGUCCGUCGUACAGCUGGAACUUGGUGGUAAUCCAAAUGCCUUGGCGUUGCGCAGGCCGUUCGACCCGGUGGCACAUGAUCUCGAUGCGACCUUCCGCUUAACGCGGUUCGCCGACCUAAAAGGAUGAGGGUGUAAAGUCCCUCAGGAGGUUCUUGGGAAACUCCUAGAGGGACUACAGGCCGACGAUAAUGCCGCACAGGAUCAUGAACAUGCCCACUUUAUGCAUAUGGCCAUUCCGCGCAUCGGCAUUGGUAUGGAUUCCUCUGUAACUCCUUUGAGACACGGCGGACUUAGCUUGGUACAAACAACAGACUUUUUUUACCCACUAGUCGAUGAUCCCUAUAUGAUGGGAAAAAUUGCAUGCGCCAAUGUCAUCAGUGAUUUAUAUGCCAUGGGAGUCACUGAAUGUGACAAUAUGUUAAUGUUGUUGGGUGUCAGUACAAAAAUGACAGAAAAAGAACGCGAUGUUGUUGUUCCAUUAAUUAUGAGAGGUUUUAAGGAUUCAGCACUAGAGGCUGGAACAACUGUUACUGGUGGUCAAACAGUUGUUAAUCCUUGGUGUACGAUAGGUGGUGUUGCUUCUACCGUUUGUCAACCAAACGAAUAUAUUGUACCAGAUAAUGCAGUUGUUGGCGAUGUACUUGUAUUAACAAAACCUCUUGGUACGCAAGUUGCUGUAAAUGCGCAUCAAUGGCUGGACCAACCUGAUCGUUGGAAUAGAAUUAAACUUGUUGUUAGUGAAGAUGAUGUAAGGAAAGCUUAUCAACGAGCAAUGGAUAGUAUGGCUCGAUUAAACAGAAUAGCGGCGAGAUUAAUGCAUAAAUAUAAUGCACAUGGAGCAACGGACGUUACAGGCUUUGGCCUUCUAGGACAUGCACAAAAUCUCGCGAAACACCAGAAAAAUGAAGUCUCUUUCGUUAUUCAUAAUUUACCUGUUAUUGCGAAGAUGGCAGCGGUGGCUAAAGCUUGUGGUAACAUGUUCCAAUUACUUCAAGGACAUUCUGCUGAAACAAGCGGCGGGCUUCUUAUAUGCCUUCCUCGAGAACAGGCGGCUGCAUAUUGCAAAGAUAUAGAGAAACAAGAGGGAUAUCAAGCGUGGAUAAUUGGUAUUGUGGAAAAAGGAAAUCGUACUGCUAGAAUAAUCGACAAACCUCGAGUAAUCGAGGUACCAGCCAAGGAGAAGGAUGGAGAACUCUGGUAAAAUGGCCGAAGAUUCUCAUUCGUUCUUUCUAUACAUUUAUAUAUUUAGAUGGCACACAGGAACACGCGACAUACAAUUAAUAACACAAUCGAAUCACAUGUGCAGGAUUUAAGAAAUCUAAGCCUCCACUUUAUUCAAUUUAUUUCACUUUUGCUUUUGCUUGACAAAAAUAUCGUUAUCUCGUUGUUGCGAUAAUGGCAUUUUAUAAAUAUGAUAAAAGGGUUUUUUUUUUUUAUCUUUUUAUUUAUAAAUCAUAGUUUCUUUCUAUAAAGCAAUGAAGCAAAGCUUCCUUCAAAUUUUUGUUUUAAAUAAAAGUCGACCAAAUGUUUCAAUAAAUAACAUUUCCAGACUUAUCAUUAAUACUUGCUGAGAAAAUAAUUAAUUUUAAAUUGGAUUAUUAUAAAAGUAAAAAAAGACAAAUUAAGGACAAAAGAGAACGCAUCUUUGCUAUAAUUAGUUUACAUUUAAGUAUACAUACAUAAGUAUAGCUUAAGGUAGCACUAGAUUAACAAUGCUUUUAUUGCAUUUGAUCAAACUGGCAAUAUAUUGAGUGAAAAGAAAGAGGAAUAUUGAGUAUUCGUUAGAGAGGAUUCUUAAAGCACACGAAUGAUAAAUCACGAUCACAGAAUGUAUAGAUAUGUAUAUUUUAAGAUUGAUAAAAUACAAUAGAGACUCGAUAAUAUAAGACGAAAGGCUGUUGUAAUGUAAUUUACUUAUUUUAUAUAAUGGGAUAUUUAAAUGGAAAAUUUUAUGGUAAUAAUAUCUCUCAAACAUCGUGUUCGAGAAAUUAUUCGAUGACCAGGUUUCAAAAUAAUUAUGAUCCUGACAUGAAUAAUAAAUUUGAAGGAGAAGAUAUCCUCCUCAGCCGAGAUACGGUUUAAAAUCAAAACUUAAAUCCUAGAGUCUCUAUUGCGAUGUAAGAAUUUAUAUUCGUAGAUUGUUGUACAUGUUUGUACUUGGCAAAUUGUAAGAGAAUCUUACAAAAAUAGAUAUAUAGAAAGAAGUUUGGAAUGAUGGGACAUACUACUCUUGUAGCAUACAGAGGAUGGGCUUACAAAGUUAGAGAGAGUUUAUAAAUAAAUAAGUAUGCCCGGUUCAUACAUAUAUGGUGUUUUAAUGCAGAGACGUGCAAACUUUUUGUCGAAGAAAAAAUGAUGGAUACUGUUCCCAUUAUUGUUAUUCGAUUGAUCCUUACUCGAAUAUGUGUCUCCAGCGUUUUCAAAUAUUAUCAUGAACAAUGUAACGAGAGUGAAUAAACGCUGGAGGGAAAAUGUUGAUACGAUGAGAGCGAAAGGAAUAAUAAAAAAAAGGUGAAGAUAAAGGAGCAAUUCGCAAGCUAAUUUUGAACGUCUCUGUCCAAAUACGAAGAGAGGUUCUCUUAUGAGAAGAGGAGAAAUUUGUUUCCCCCUCUCCCACUAACGUUCGUCCUUGCUCGCUAGUACUCUUAUAUAUAUAAAAUUUAUUCAAUAAUAAUGAAGAAUAAAUUUAAACACGUAUAUAAACAUAGUACGUGAAGAAUAUAAAAAGAAAAAAUUUGCAUCAUUGAGUUGAGGAGAGACGAUCGCUGUGGUGUUAGUUGGGAAAAACGGCCCUGGAAAGGCCAAUCGAAUGACCUCUGUUCUAAUGGAUAAGGCCUUUUAAUUAUUGUCUCGUUAUACAUACACGCUUUUGAUAAAUUCAAAAAAAAAAAAAAAAAUAAAAAAAAAGAAAAAAGAGGAAUCCGGCACAGGCCCUAACGUUGUAUUACUUUUUCAUAUGAAUAAAGUGCUACUUUGUCAAUAAA